UAAAUGCCAGAAAAGAUUCGGAAGCUUACCGCGCGGAGCGCCGGUGUGCAAGUGUACGACCUGCUCCGAGUCACGGAUGAAUGGCGUAUUUAUGUGUUUUAAUGCGCGACAUCGCCUAUGUUUUCAUAUUGUCGUGGCCCGCGUUCACACCACAAGCGAUCUAAUCUCUUUGACAAAUUUCUCUGGCGUGACAACACCGUUCGAACGAGCUUUAGUGGAACCGCGUCGCAGAAGUUACAUUAUCACUUGUAGCAGGAACAAUGUUUACGAAGAAGAAAAAGAAACCCCAAAUCUCCACACCAACCAAUUUUGAGCACAGAGUGCACACUGGCUUUGACAAACGUGAGGGAAAAUUUGUUGGACUGCCAUUGCAGUGGGCCUCGAUAGUUGGAAAUAAUCAGAUACUUAAAUCGACCAACAGACCACUGCCUUUGGUUGAUCCAAGUGAGAUCACACCUACUGAGAUUCUUGAUUUAAAGACUAUUGUAAGAGGACACAAUGAUCCUAGAAUAAAUAGACCACUUGCUACUGAGAAGACUGUGGAGAAUGGCUUGCCUAAAACCAGUACAGUUGCUCGCUCUAAUUCUCUACGUUCUUCUAGUCCACCACGUCUCAGAAAAGAUUACAGGCAUAACAGCAAUCUUCCGCCAUCUGUGCCAGAAGGUCAAGAAAUACCCGCAAAUGUUAAUCAAGGUUUUACAAACUUUAGCAAGCUGCAUAAUUACAUUGACAAGCUGAGGCAAAAUUCCCCAAGUAUUGGCAGUGGACUAAACUCCAGUAUGCAAAAUAUGAUCCCAAAUCUUCAAAAUCUUAAUCCUAACAUGCAAUCAUCACCUAAUUUAACUCACUCAAGAUCCAAUGUACCAAAUUUAUCCUUAAACUUCCAAAACUUAAGUCCUAUAGUAAAUUCCCAAAUUCCAGUACAAAGUCCGAAUACUCCACAACUUUCUGAUACAGAAUUUCAUAGACUUAAUUCGCAAAUGGCUAUGACAUCACAUCAAUUUAAUGGCAAUGUACAGGGUUUAACUAUAGAAGCAUCGAGGGAUCAUCAAAUGGGUCAAAAUGUGUUAUUACACAAGCUACAGCCAAAAAUUUCGCCAGUAGGUUCAAUAGCCUCGCAACGACCGCUGAGUCAAUUAAGUUCACAUAACAUUACCAAAUAUCCUCAGACGUACAACAUGUCUGAAAAUCCGUCUAAUCUGCAGUCACAUUUAAAGAAACCAAACUUAGAAACUUCUCAGUCAAUGCAUAAUUUAUCAAAACCAACCAUACCGUCCGCAAUAUCAGCAACUGGCUCGACUCCAGAUCAAAAUCAGAAUAUGAAAAGUGCUGUCUCGUCAGGAAACUUAGCAGUUGGUACAAGUUCGAGUAGCACCAAUAAGCAAACUGAGCAAAGACUCACGCAUGAACAAUUCAGGGCUGCUUUACAGAUGGUGGUAAGUCAAGGUGAUCCAAGAGAAAAUCUGGAGAAUUUUCUGAAGAUCGGCGAAGGCAGUACGGGAACUGUGUGUAUAGCUACAGAUAAGAGUACCAACCGUCAAGUUGCAGUGAAGAAGAUGGAUUUAAGAAAACAACAGAGACGCGAAUUGCUCUUCAACGAAGUUGUCAUUAUGAGAGACUACCAUCAUCCAAAUAUAGUCGAAAUGUAUGACAGUUUCUUGGUGGACGAUGAAUUAUGGGUCGUUAUGGAAUAUCUAGAAGGAGGUGCCUUAACUGACAUCGUCACACACUCGAGAAUGGACGAGAGUCAAAUAGCUACAGUGUGUUCUCAGUGUCUUAAGCCGCUGGCGUACUUACAUUCGCAAGGUGUUAUACACAGGGAUAUUAAGUCUGAUUCGAUAUUACUUACGGCGGAUGGCAGAGUAAAAUUGUCGGAUUUUGGUUUUUGUGCUCAAGUCUCUCAAGAAUUACCAAAGCGAAAAUCUCUAGUAGGAACUCCGUAUUGGAUGAGUCCCGAAGUUAUUUCAAGAUUGCCAUAUGGACCUGAAGUGGAUAUCUGGUCGUUAGGAAUAAUGAUCAUCGAAAUGAUUGAUGGUGAACCACCGUUUUUCAAUGAACCACCUCUGCAAGCUAUGAGACGCAUCAGAGAUAUGCCGCCACCAAAAUUAAAAAAUUUUCACAAAGUUAGCCCGCGUCUUCAAGGUUUCCUCGAACGUAUGUUAGUGCGCGACCCGGCGCAACGAGCCACGGCAGCUGAACUAUUGCAACAUCCAUUCCUUAGGCAGGCUCAAAGUCCUAGUAUUUUGAUUCCAUUAAUGAGAGGCGCUAGACACACAAACUGCUGACGAGGUUACAACAAUUUCUUAAGUUCGAACGUUAGUCAAGUCAAAUGUUGAUCGCAUCUUUGAUGAUAUCGAUAGAGAACUGUUCGUAGUUUUUGGCAGCUUAAUAAAUCUAUCAAGUUCAAGAUCUCCGGAUUUUCAUGAAAAAUUUUAAGUUUUUUAAGUUUUUCUCUGAUAAAAAGACACGACCGAUUAAAAUGUUUGAACAACUAGAUUUCAAACGUUCGGCUAACGUAGUUUAAAUAUAUUCUGCUUCUGUGAUCCGAUGUGUUUUUGUUACUACAAGUUAAACUUUGAGAAGAUAUUAAAAUUAUAUCAAAUUUAAUAUAUAUAACACACAAGUGUAAGAGCUUUUUAAAUUAUAUAUUUACAUCAUUAAACAAGUAUGCCACUUUUUAAAUAUAAAGGCGCUAUGAGAUUUCUUAAAUCAUAAUGUAAUGAAACAAUGCAUGUGGCAUAAUUCAAAGCCAAAAAUGUGCUAGUUAACCUUUGGAUCGCCGGUAUGAUGACGCCAUUUGGCGUCAUCAAAUAAAGUGUAUAUAUUUUUGUUUGUGUACAUGUGUAAACCUAACUGGCCCAGUAAUCUCGCGGCUUAAGUGCCGGGCCUACGAAUAGGAAGGUCCCGAAAUCGAAUCAACAUCGUCGGAUUUUCCCGGGCCAGUCUCUUUCACGUCGAGAUUGUCGAUUGAAAAGCGAACUGAAUCGGGCCUCCAAUUGGAGCUCUCAAGAACUGAGCAAGGGUAUCUUGUUGCCUUUGGGAAGAGAAAUCGUCUCUAAAAACGAAAGAACCACUAGAUGGUCACCAGCAUCAGGUAGGCAACGGGAAACCAUCUGAUUAAUUUUUCCAUGAGAGCAUCUAAAGAUGCCACCACACUUUGUCAAAAGCAAAAGGAGUGUGGAAAGGGGAGAAACAUAUGUAAUUUACUUCAAAAUUCCAUUCAUGUGCUCAUAUGCAUGUAUAUCUGUACAUUAAUGCGAGUUGAUAAAAUUAGAAAAAAAUAUUAUAUUUUACACACAUACACACACAGGGUGUCCGACAAUUGGUGUAACAUCUC